GUGGUCACACGAGCCCAUGGGAGCCUGUGUGUUUGGACUGCAGGACAUUUCAAAACCUGCAUUUUGCACUCAUUUAUUUGCUUUUCUGGUGAAAUUAUAUAUUUUUUUUCCAUAAUAUCCCAACUUGCAGUGACUGCACAAUAAAUGUAAGUGCAACACGAGCUGUUCCAGUGAGUGAGUGAGUGAGUGAGUGAGUGAGUGAGUGAGUGAGUGAGUGAGUGAGUGAGUGAGUGAGUGAGUGAGUGAGUGAGUGAGUGAGUGAGUGAGUGAGUGAGUGAGUGAGUGAGUGAGUGAGUGAGUGAGUGAGUGAGUGAGUGAGUGAGUGAGUGAGUGAGUGAGUGAGUUGCUCUAAGGCAGUGAGUGAGUGCGUGCGUGCGUGCGUGCGUGCGUGCGUGCGUGCGUGCGUGCGUGCGUGCGUGCGUGCGUGCGUGGUGCUCUAAGGCAGUGUGUGUUCCUCUCAGACCACAGCUCUGUGGGAGGGCUGGGGGACAGCUUCUAUGAGUACCUGCUGAAGGCCUGGCUGAUGUCCGACCGGACCGACAGUGAGGCCCGCACCACCUACGACCAGGCCGUGGAGGCCAUUGAGCGUCACCUGAUCCGUAAGUCGAGCGGUGGGCUCACCUUCAUCGGCGAGUGGAAGAACGGCCACCUGGAGCGCAAGAUGGGUCACCUGACCUGCUUCGCCGGGGGCAUGUUCGCACUGGGCGCCGACGGUUCCCCUGACGACAAGGCGGGGCACUACCUGCAGCUGGGGGCGGAGAUCGCACACACCUGUCACGAGUCCUACGACCGCACAGUGCUGAAGCUGGGUCCAGAGGCGUUUAAGUUUGACGGUGGGGUGGAGGCGGUGGCUGUGCGGCAGAAUGAGAAGUAUUACAUCCUGCGGCCGGAGGUGAUCGAGACGUACUGGUACAUGUGGAGGUUCACACACGACCCCAAGUACAGAGCCUGGGGCUGGGAGGCAGCACAG